GCAGCGGGAGAGCGCGCGGGUCCCGUAGUCCCAGCGCCUCUCCACUGUCCAGGGCAUCCCGGUUCCCGUCCUCACCACCCCAGGAUGAACUAGCGCGCCCGGGGAAGGGACAGGGGAGCCCAUGGCCCGGCCCGUGUCCUGCAGCCCCUGCGAUCGCCUCCACACGCUCGGGGUCUCCGGGUCAUCGCGGAGCCCAGCGGCCAGGAUGGCGCACGAGGUGGCCGGGGCCGGGCCGGGCUCGGGCGGCAGCAGAGGUCACCACUGACGGGUCAUCUGACAGGCUGGCCACCCGGUGACCGCUGGCCCAGGAUGCAGCGCUGGACGGCGGCGGCCCUACUCUCCCUCGUGUGCAGCUCGGCGCUGUCGCUCUGGAUGUGUCGCGAGGGCUUCUUACUGCUCGGGCCCCGCCUGGCGCCCGCCCCGGCCCUGCGCCGCCCGCCGCGCACCCCGGACGCCCGCAUCGCCCGCCUGGCCCAGUACCGAGCGCUGCUGCAGGGAGUCCCGGACGCGGUGGAGCUGCGCGAGCUGACGCCCUGGGCCGGCCGGGCGCCGGGUCCGCGCCGUCGAGCAGGACCGCGGAGGCGUCGUGCGCGCGCGCGCUCGGGCACGCGGCCGUGUGGGCUGCGCGAGCUCGAGGUGCGCGUGAGCGAGCUGGGCCUGGGCUACACGUCGGACGAGACGGUGCUGUUCCGCUACUGCGCAGGCGCCUGCGAGGCGGCCGCGCGCGUCUACGACCUGGGCCUGCGGCGCCUGCGACAGCGGCGGCGCGUGCGUCGGGAGCGCGUGCGCGCGCAGCCCUGCUGCCGCCCGACGGCCUACGAGGACGAGGUGUCCUUCCUGGACGUGCACAGCCGUUACCACACGGUGCGCGAGCUGUCGGCGCGCGAGUGCGCCUGCGUGUGACUGCGCCCGUGCGGAACGUGCCGUCGGGGCCAUGGACUCUCGCGAGAACUGUGUUCAUAUAAAGAGUGAAAACUCG